CCUCGAUCACGUGCUGAGGUUCGACUGAAGGUUCGACCGGCGGCGAGGCUGGCAGUUGCAUUGCGAACGCGCGCUCGCUACGAGACCCAACUUCGGGCAGCCUAGACUAAUUGUUUGCGCAACGGUGGGGCAGGCUCCGGCGCAAGCAGCAUGCGACAGCGCAAAUGGUUGCUCCUGCUGGUCGCUGCGGCGGCGCUAUCCCCGCUAUUCCACGGAGCGGUCGCACCCGGCAACCUGCGGGGCCGCCGCCUAGCCAAUGACGACGACGAGACCGAGGAGGACAGGGAGGAACUGGACCACCACGCGCGCCGCGGUGAGUCGACGACCGCCUGUAAAAAGAGCUGGGCCGACCCGGCGGGCAUCAAGUCGCCGUGGGCCAUUCCCUUGUAUUUUGUGGGCGUCUGCUGGUGCUUCGCGGGCAUCGCCCACGUCGCGGAGCAGUACUUCGCCGUCGCCAUCGCGUGCAUGGUGGCCGCGUGGGAGUUGCCGCCGGCCGUCGCGGGGGCUACCUUGAUGGCGGCUGGUUCUUCAGCUCCAGAGUUAAUAGCGGAGCUGAUCGCGACGUUUGUCACCGACACGAACGACGUCGGUACGGGAACUGUGGUUGGAAGCGCGGUGUUCAACCAGUUGAUCAUUAUCGGCGGGGCGAUCUUGGCCUCGCCCGGACAGAGGAUGAUUCUCGAUCCAAGAGCAUUAAUACGAGAUGUGGGCUUCUACGCCGUUACGAUUGUGGUGCUGGUGCUGGUGUUCCGGGACGGCAUGGUGGAGACCGCCGAGGCGUGGACCAUGCUCAUCUUGUAUAUCUUUUACGUGUUCCUGUGCGCGAUCUGGACGUGCAUCGAGAAGCGCAUUUUACCAGCUUCCUUAGGCAAGGCCGAGAAACAAUUAGUCGUGGAACUGGGCUGCCAGAGCGACGUGACAAUGCUCUGGGAGAAUUCCCGAGAAGAAGAAACGAACAAGGGGGUCGAGCUUCCCGAGACGAAGGAAACGGAUCUGGAAGAUGUUGACCUGCGAGAUGAACCACCCACAAAACCUCCCGAGAAAGCGACAGGGGACGGCGGCGUAGGCGGCAUCGAAGCAAAUGAUGACCUGGAACCUCGAAAACGUGCAAAGUGUUAUACAGGCUGCGCCGCGUGUUUACAUGGCGUGGAGCGCACGUGGGCGCCGCCCGUGUCGCGCACGUUAGGACCGCUCAAGGACCGGGAUCGCUUCGUAUUGUUAUUCUUGGCUUCCCUGGUUUGGCUGACCUUGAUCGUGUUCCUGAUGAUGGAGUGGCUCGAGAAGUGCUCGUGUUUGAUAGGGCUGUCGCCGGCCGUCGUCGGUUUAACCGUCGGAGCCAUCGGCACGUCGCUGCCGGACGCCCUCGUGAGCUUCGAUGUCGCUAGGCGGGGCGAGGGCACGAUGGCCGUGGCGAACGUGUUUGGAUCGAACAUCUUCGAUGUGUUAUUUGCGCUGGGUUUACCGUGGGCGAUCUCGACCGCUAUAAACGGGAAGCCCAUCCUCGUGCAGACGUCCGAUUUAGGUUCGGGCAUCAUCGCAGGCGCGUUCCUGUUCACGGUUGUGAGCGCCGUGACUCAGCGCUACGUGCAGACGCGGCUGUCGGGCAUCUUCUACAUACUGGGGUACCUGCUCUUCUUCGCCUACUGCUUCAUCCACGACUACGCAGUGCUCGGGAUCUAGUGUGUCGUUCGCCGUGUGACUUGUCUUAUAUAUACUAUCGCUUGUCACCGGUGUCAUCGCUGUUCCAUGUUUAGGGAUUCAUCACCGGUUACUAAAAUAAAUAGACUUUCAAGUUG